UUUGCCAUGUCUUGUCUUUUAAGUAUGCCUUGUGCGUGUAGUUGCUUAUUAUUGCUUGAGUGAAAUUGCCGAUGAAGAAAUGCUUUCUAUUUAAGUGUGCAUGCGUGUGCAUUCUCCAUCUAUGUGGCGUUUGUGGAGCAAGCCCUGCGUCCUUAAACAGUGGCUUUGCUGUUUGUGGUUCUUGCCAACUAAUUUUCUUGAAAAAUACCCUUAAACUCCAUCAGUGAAUUUUAGUCAAAAUUUCUCUCUUGCCAUCGGGAGUGCAUUUCGGUUUUGGGGGAAAAGGGUUUGUUGAAGAGCAUGGUGAAUUUUUGGCAAUGUAGGAAAGACAGUCUUGCACUGCAUAUUUAGAGGGGAAAAAUCAAUUCAAGUAAUGGAUUUAGGAAAAAAUUAUUCUUUAGUCUCUAAUGAGAGGCAAGAAUUUGGGAAGUGAUGCGGUGGGAUGUCUUGAGCUGGCAGUUGGUGACUGCCCUUUGAAUCUCAAUUUGCUGUCCAGGGUUCAGGUUCCAAUUUGGACAGAAGCCACCUUUAAAACAUUUCUUAAAGCAUUAAAUGCCAAUUUCUUUGGGAUCAUGGAAUAAUACAUAAAAGCAUUCUCUAAUCUUUUGAAUUGGCAAGAGAGGACUUUGACAAGAGCUGUUUGGGCUCCUUUCCCCAAAGAUUGAACCCCUGGAUUUGAGUUUGGAGAUUUUCUCUAUGUCUCAUCCAAAAAACAAGCUCUUUACCCGCCUUGGUAAUAACAGUAUUUGGAUAUGGCUCCUUUGGGGUAAUCUCAUUUGUAAUGUUCUUGAACCACAUUUUAAAUAGAACUUGAUAGCACAGAUGAGAAAGUGAUGGUGCCAUUGUUUGCUUCCUUGUUUGUUACUUUAAGAUUAGAGAUCUCUCUGAAAUAUUCCCAUAACAAACUAAAAGUAUGUAAUGUGCUAAAUUAAGAGUUUUGAACACCAAAAGAAAAAAAGUUUAGAUGGAAUGGGAUGAGAGCUCAGAAAACAUGAGCUGGAAGCAAAUUUCCGAUUUGAGAUAGGUCUGCUUGCCUGUAUCAGAUGGUAGUGGUCGUGGUUGCUGUUAUUAUUGCUAUUAUUAUUUUUAUAUGCUGUUUCCACUGAGAAAGCUCUUGGCAAAGCCAGGAAAAAAAUUGUCUCAGAUGCCAGUGCGUAUAAUACUUUUUUUUUCCUCCCCUGCUGAUAUAGACAGGUUUUCCUCAUUCCAUUGCUUACCUGACUUGCAAUAAUGCCAUUUCUGGCUCAUGUAGCAAUGAAUCAGGGUGCAUACACAUCCACACACAUGCUUCCCCUACACAUCCACACACAUGCUCCCCCUACACCCAUGUGGGUGGCUGCUCAUGUGUGAUGUGCAAAUCUGUUGGCAUUAUGCUGUCAAGUUCUAUGUCUCGUUGAUCGAUCUCUUUGGAAAUCAUUAUGAAGGGAGAAGGGCUAUAAAUGGGACCCUCGGAAUUGUCCUGACCAUAGGACACAGUAUUAUUUAAUGGUGUCAGAUGGGGUUUUGAGCCUCAAAGUAAGUUCUUGUUGACUCAGUUUGGGUGAGAAGCUGAGGUUUGGGGCAGGGGUCUGCUACCAUGAUGUAAGAAUGAUCUGGGAAGUUUGCUGGCAUUUAUUCUCAUUAAUUGCUCUUUGGUUCUAUUGUGUGGACCCUCUGGGUGGAACCAAUAACUUCUAAAGGGAAUCUCUGUGGGUUAUUUUUUUUCUUUGUUAGUGCCAGUGUAUUGUUUAAAGCAAGCUUAUAUCUUGUCUAGGCACUUUGUUUUGAGACAGUGUUGGAGAGUGGAGAAAGGCUCUACAAUGGACAGCUGCAGACCUUGCUUUUCUUCAUUCAGUGGCUGUUUGACCUUGGUCAAUUUGUUUCCUUUUCAACUGGUUUGGGAUUCCCUGUAACAUUGGCAUUUGGGGAUGGUUGGAAUAGGUGACCUCCAAGUUCUUGCAUUCUAUCAUUUUGAGCACUUGAAGUCAGAGGCAGAUGAACUGGAAAGACAAGUGAAAAGGAAAAAUGAAAGGUUGAAGGGUGAUGGGAGGAAGGAGUGGAUAUUUGGUUACUGGUGUCUAGAGGAUAAGUUUUAACUAAGGGAUUUUCCCCUAGCUAUAUGGACAGGAAACUGGGACUGCACCAAGAGAAUGUUUUUAAUUUUUUUCUUUUCCCUAAGGGGAAAAAGGGUCUCUAAGGCUAGUAUUUGACCCAGGUUAAUGACUAAGUAGUGUCACAAAACACUUUUCCCUCCAGGUGCCUGAUAGACCUUUUGGCGGAAAGCCUUUGGGAUUGUAUAUUUGUAAGGUGUGUGGAUGUGUGUGCACGCCCUUCCGUGUGUAUGGGUGCAAACUCCUGAGUGUGGAUGCAGGGUAGUGGUGGUAGAAAUGAGGAAAGACAGCAUUGAGUUCCACAGUUCUGAAUGACCUCCUUGUGCUAGGGUCUGUGAGGAUUUGACUGGUGCUAGGAUGGAUUGGAUAGGUGUCACUUAGGCCAGUCCUCUUCCCACAACCUAAAACCCCUCAGACUAGAGAGAUAGCUUAAAUGAGCCCUUCCAUCAGUAAUUUUAGUUGUCAAAAUGGGUUAGCACUUUUUGAAUUAACUUAUAUUUAGGCAAAUAAGGGGAUGUUGAGCCAUAUGGCAGGCCACUCUAGAGCAGCCAGAAGGGAGUUUGGGGAGUAGAGAACAAAAGGUGGCAGUGUGACUUUUUACUUGUGUGAAUCCUAAAGGUUUGACAUUUCUUUUUCAGAUAUGUGAGGGUAUGCAAAAAGAGAAAAGAGUGGGAGAAAAUGAGAAAUGCAGCCCAGAGGAGUGGAACUCUGAUCACUGGAGAUUCCAUCGUUAGUGCUGAGGCAGUAUGGGAUCACGUCACCAUGGCCAACCGGGAGUUGGCAUUUAAAGCUGGCGACGUCAUCAAAGUCUUGGAUGCUUCCAACAAGGAUUGGUGGUGGGGCCAGAUCGACGAUGAGGAGGGAUGGUUUCCUGCCAGCUUUGUGAGGCUCUGGGUGAAUCAGGAGGAUGGUGUGGAAGAGGGGCCCAGUGAUGUGCAGAAUGGGCACCUGGACCCCAAUUCAGACUGCCUCUGUCUGGGCCGGCCACUACAGAACCGGGACCAGAUGCGAGCCAACGUCAUCAAUGAGAUCAUGAGCACUGAGCGUCACUAUAUCAAACACCUCAAGGACAUUUGCGAGGGCUAUCUGAAGCAGUGCCGAAAGAGAAGGGACAUGUUCAGUGAUGAGCAACUGAAGGUAAUCUUUGGGAACAUUGAAGACAUCUACAGGUUUCAGAUGGGCUUCGUGAGAGACCUGGAGAAACAGUACAACAAUGAUGACCCCCACCUCAGUGAGAUAGGACCCUGCUUCCUAGAGCAUCAAGAUGGAUUCUGGAUAUACUCUGAAUAUUGUAACAACCACUUGGAUGCCUGCAUGGAGCUCUCCAAGCUGAUGAAAGACAGCCGCUACCAGCACUUUUUUGAGGCCUGUCGCCUCUUACAGCAGAUGAUUGACAUUGCUAUCGAUGGUUUCCUUUUGACUCCAGUGCAGAAGAUCUGCAAGUACCCCUUACAGUUGGCUGAGCUCCUCAAGUAUACUGCCCAAGACCACAGUGACUACAGAUAUGUGGCAGCUGCUUUGGCUGUCAUGAGAAAUGUGACUCAGCAGAUCAAUGAACGCAAACGACGUUUGGAGAAUAUCGACAAGAUUGCCCAGUGGCAGGCUUCUGUCCUAGACUGGGAGGGCGAGGAUAUCCUAGACAGGAGCUCGGAGCUGAUCUACACUGGGGAGAUGGCCUGGAUAUACCAGCCCUAUGGCCGCAACCAGCAGCGGGUCUUCUUCCUGUUUGACCACCAAAUGGUCCUCUGUAAGAAGGACCUAAUUCGGAGGGACAUACUGUACUACAAAGGCCGCAUUGACAUGGAUAAAUAUGAGGUGGUUGACAUUGAAGAUGGCAGAGAUGAUGACUUCAAUGUCAGCAUGAAGAAUGCCUUCAAGCUUCACAACAAGGAAACCGAGGAGAUACAUCUGUUCUUUGCCAAGAAGCUGGAGGAGAAAAUACGUUGGCUUAGGGCAUUCAGAGAAGAGAGGAAAAUGGUACAGGAAGAUGAAAAAAUUGGCUUUGAAAUUUCUGAAAACCAGAAGAAGCAGGCUGCAAUGACUGUGAGAAAAGUCCCCAAACAAAAAGGUGUCAACUCUGCCCGCUCAGUUCCUCCUUCCUACCCACCACCGCAGGACCCGUUAAACCAGGGCCAGUACCUGGUCCCCGAUGGCAUCGCUCAGUCACAGGUCUUUGAAUUCACCGAACCCAAGCGCAGCCAGUCACCAUUCUGGCAAAACUUCAGCAGGUUAACCCCCUUCAAAAAAUAAUACCUACAGGGAGGUAGAUAAUUUUAAAAUAAAGUAAAUAAAAUUAUAUUUAUAGAUGG